AGUACAAAAGGGGAUAGCCUCUCUUUCCUCCCUGCAUUCCGAAGAUUCAGAAAGAUUUCAAAGAUGGGUUGUGGUGAAUCCAAGCACCAAGUUGCUGAUGGAAACACCAUGGCCCGGAGGAAAUCAAGUAUUAUAUCUAGGUGGAACAGAGGCCGGGAAACCCCACCAGAAACAAGCACAAAUAAAGACACAACAUCCUCGCCGGAGCAAAAUAAAUCUGGAGGAGGGGCUGAGAAUGUGAAAACAGAAACGGAUGGUAGCAAAACAAGCUCAUUGAUAGAACAGAAAGGAGGAGAAGAGGUCAAGAAUGCAGAUGGGGUCAAAAGUGCUGAAGCAAAAACAGAGGAGAAAGGUGGGGAUGUCAAGAGUGAUUCUUCGGUAGAUGUGGUGGAAUUGAAGGAAGGAGAUGAGAAGAGCAAUGUUGUGGAAGCUGCUGAGGAAAAAUCUGAAGAUGGAAAAGAGUGUUUGGCUAAUGAGAAAGUGAAGGAAACAGAAGCAGUGGACGCCAUCGAAGCAGAGAAGCCUGUAAUUGCUGAGGAAGAUACCUCGGUGAAGGAAACAGAAGCCAAUGUUGAAGCAGCAGAGCCUGAAAAAGUGGAGGAAGCUAAGUUGGUCGAGGAAACAGAAGCAGUGGAAUCCGUUGAAGCAGAUAGCCUGGUCAAGGAAACAGAGCCUGAAAUUGUGAAGGAAGAAAACUUGAUGAAAGAAAGGGAAGCAGAGGUUUCAAAGAACCCAACUGGAGAACAGGAUUUGACUGAGAACAAGGAGGAGACACCUGCUGGUUCAGCAACAAAGGAACCCUGAAGCUUGUCCUGCAUUUAAUAUCUGUUCAUCAUAGUGUAUUGUUUUUCAUUUCUAUUUAUGUACUGAAAUUAUGAUGAUUCUCUGAACCCACAAUCAUGGAAAAAAUAUAAGGGUUGAGGGAUCUAGGGGGAACAUCAAAAGUAAGUACAAUGUGUUUGUUUCAUGGUAUAAUAUAUAUGGCUUUUGACA